AGCACUUUACAUGGCCCAUCACAUUCAUAACGUAUUAACAGACUAAUAACUCAUUUACUAACAUGUUCUAAUCCAACCCAGGACUGUUCUCUCUGGGCGCAUGAGGAACCAUAAAGAAAUCAAAUCCCUCUCGCUCCUUUUUCAUGACCUUGACAUUUUGACAAUAUUAAUGACACACCAUUGAUUGGUAUACUUGUCAGGGUAAGAGAGCAGGGAUAAAAAUAAAAAAAAAACAGUCACUAAAUCAAAGUUCUGAUGAACACUCAGAGGACAGUGGCGCUGUCACUUUAAUCAAAGAGGACUUUGAAUAUUCUAGUGAGUGAUGUGCACGGCCCCUGCAGCCAAUCAGAUUGCUAGCCUCAGCUGAUUGGCUGAGCUGGAGAGGAUGCCUCGCUUGCAUCUGCAGGGGGGCUACUCUCUCCGCUCCGUUCGCCCAUUCAACCCCCAUAGUCAGCAAAACCAGCCUCAGAGUCGCAGGACCGUGCCCAGCACAUCCUGCGGAGCCUUCAGAAACUGCGUGCCGGAGAGAGAAGAGGAGGAGGAGGAGGAGAGAGAGUAAAAAGAACAAGAGAGAGAGAGAGAGAGAGAGGGAGAGAGGGAGAGAGAGCAGAGGCUGCCUGCCUCAGGAGCACUGCAGUAGCACUAAAUCUGAAACUGUCACGGAACCAAAGGGAGGAAGGAAGAAGACUCAAAUCCACUGAAAUCAACAGACAUCACAGGAAGUCAGCAAUGUGUUAGACUGGCAGCAGGGAUGGGGACCCGAGGAGACCACUCGUCCACAGAUAAAACUUGAAAAGGAAGAAUCCUCAAGAAGGAGAGUGAGAGUGAGAGAGAGAGACGAGGCAGAAGUGGAAUCACUUUAUUCCUAAGAAAGGUGAAAUUUGAAGGGAAUUCUCCUGUUUUUUUUUCCUCAGCUGCACUGCUUUUUUGGGCUCCUAACCCUUCACUUUGCCCUGCUGAGCCUUUCUCUCUCCUCUCUCCCCCCUUUCCCAACACUUAGUUUUUUUUCCCCUCUUGAAUGUCUUCUCUGCAUGCUCUCGCACUGCUCGGCAGUUGAACAACACUCAUGGUCGAUGCCAAGGGACGGAAAUGUCUGACAUUCUUCUUGAUGCUUCCAGAGUCGGUGAAGAGCCGCUCAAGUAAAAGCUCCAAAAAGGGCAGUCCAAGCAGCUCCUCCAAGCUCCCGCCAGUCUGCUAUGAGAUUAUCACCUUGAAGACCAAAAAGAAGAAGAAGAUGUCGGCCGAGAUCUUCCCCACCAAGAAGCCGGUUCCGGCCACAACGGUCCAACAGUACCAGCAGCAGAACCUGAACAACAACAACACCAUACAGAACUGCAACUGGCAAGGGCUCUACUCCACCAUCCGUGAGAGAAAUUCGGUGAUGUUUAACAACGAGCUGAUGGCCGACGUUCACUUUCUGGUGGGAUCAACAGGAAGUGUGCAGCGACUGCCCGGGCACAGGUAUGUUCUAGCAGUGGGGAGUUCUGUUUUCCAUGCCAUGUUUUAUGGGGAGCUGGCAGAGAACAAGGAUGAGAUCAGGAUUCCUGACGUGGAGCCUGCAGCCUUCCUGGCCAUGCUGAAGUACAUUUACUGCGAUGAAAUCGACCUGAGCGCAGACACCGUGCUGGCCACCUUGUACUCUGCUAAAAAGUACAUUGUGCCCCACCUGGCUCGCGCCUGCGUCAAUUUCCUGGAGACGUCGCUGAGCGCCAAGAACGCGUGCGUGUUGCUGUCGCAGAGCUGCCUGUUCGAGGAGCCCGACCUGACGCAGCGGUGCUGGGAGGUGAUCGACGCGCAGGCCGAGCUGGCGCUCAAGGCCGAGGGCUUCUGUGACAUCGACGUCACGACCCUGGAGAGUAUCCUGCAACGCGAGACCCUCAACGCCAAGGAGAUUGUUGUGUUCGAGGCGGCGCUGAACUGGGCUGAAGCGGAGUGCCAGAGGCAGGAGCUGACUGUUUCCAUCGACAACAAGCGCAAGGUGCUGGGCAAGGCCGUCUACCUUAUUCGCGUCCCCACCAUGGGCCUGGACGACUUCGCCAACAGCGCGGCGCAAUCGGGUGUGCUGACGCUCAACGAGACCAAUGACAUCUUCCUGUGGUACACGGCGGCCAAGAAGCCCGAGCUGCAGUUCGCCUGCAAGGAACGCAAGGGCCUGUCGCCGCAACGUUGCCACCGCUUCCAGUCGUGCGCCUACCGCAGCAACCAGUGGCGCUACCGCGGCCGCUGCGACAGCAUCCAGUUCGCUGUGGACAAGCGCGUUUUUAUCGCCGGCUUCGGCCUGUACGGCUCCAGCUGUGGUUCGGCCGAGUACAGUGCCAAGAUCGAGCUCAAGCGGCAGGGAGUGCUGCUGGGUCAGAACGUGAGCAAGUACUUCUCGGACGGCUCCAGCAACACUUUCCCUGUGUGGUUCGAGUACCCAGUGCAGAUAGAACCGGACACGUUCUACACAGCCAGCGUAGUGCUGGACGGGAAUGAGCUCAGCUACUUCGGACAGGAGGGCAUGACAGAGGUGCAGUGUGGGAAGGUGACGUUCCAGUACCAGUGCUCCUCGGACAGUACCAAUGGGACAGGGGUGCAGGGGGGGCAGAUCCCUGAGCUUAUCUUCUAUGCCUGAACCAGCCAGACGGAAAUUGACACAAACGACGGACUUUCACACUGGGACAGUUCUAUGACAAUGACAUUUCUUUCUCAUUUACUCCAUGUUGCCACUAAAUCGUUUUUGUCUGUUUCUGAUACCACUGACAGCUACAUUUUUAAGACACUGUUACAUGGAUUUUCUGGUGUGAAGUGAUUUUUUUUGUUGUUGUUGUCACCAGUACCUAUCAUUGGAUUUACUCACUCACUAAGGAAAAACCCUUUUCAUCUAUACACUUUGAGGAUUUGUUUGUCCAACCAUUACAAGCAUUUGUCUGAAGCUUUGAAAAAGACGUCUUGAUUUAUUUACCUCUGAAGAUGAAAACUCCUGUUAGAAUCAAGAGUUGCCAAAACAAAAUCAAAACACUGGAUAAUAUUCCACAUUUGUAUAAAUAUGUUGAUAAUGUAAUAUAUAAAUAUAUAUACAUCAUGCUACAUGGCGGCUAUAUUCUUUCAGUUUCAAAAUAACUAUGCCAUGUUACCUAAUGCUUGCACAGGAUGCACUUGUAUAUAUCAGCAAUACUAAUUAAAUGAUGCAAAUCCAUGUAAACUAAAUUCAAUCGUAUUCCCAUCAACACCUCCGUAAGUGAGCAGUUAGCCACCCAGCACCAAAGCAACGCCUUUAAAUACAAAUGACGGUUAGCAUCUGCACUUGUUUUGGAUCUCUGCCUAUGCAUUGCUUUGCUGUUUAAAGUUAGCGAGACUGAGCCCACUAAGGCUUUUCCUGUUGUCAUACUCAAUAACUGAGAUUUACAUUGUUGGCCAGUGUUUAUUUCAAAGUGGCAUCUACUAAGAAUUAGGCUUAAUGUACAAUAAGCACUUUUGAUUUCUCUAUGGUAUUAAAUACCAGUAGUCAGUAUGCACCUGCUUUUUCAUGGGGAAAUUGCUUAAAGUUUUGAAAUAUGUGUAAAAUUUCUCUUGUUGUUGUACGUGUUUAGCGAGCAUAGAUUACUCAUGCCACCAGGAGGGUUAAAUUUAGAUGGCCUCUUAUGUGGGGUAAAUUGGUUCAGCUGAGAAUUCGACUGUAUAUGAAGUAUUUACCAUUUAAUUUAGUGAUUGUGAAAACACUGUACAAUGUGUCAAUGAUGUGUCAAAAACACAUCUCAUUUGAGGAUAAUUGAGUAUACCAGUUAUAUAUAUGCAUUUUGGUUACAGGAGGACAGUAUGGUGAAAUAUAAUGAAUAGUUACAAACACUGUAUGUUGUUCUGAAGGUUUGUUUCAAGCAAUGAAUCGUUCAAUCCCAAAAUCAUUAUCAAGAUGUUAGAAUUAUUGAGCACUGAUGGACCAAAAUUGCGAGCACUUUUUGAAUGAGUUGCAAUUGCAGGUUUACAGUGAUCUGAGUCAGCAGUCUGAAGAUUAGAUUGCACCGUGUGUGAAAUUAUCCUGUAAAAGUAUUAUAGCACACUCUGUCACAGAGUGCUAGCGUUGAGCAUAUCAGUUCGUACAGAGGCAACAUUCACCAGUUAUAAAAAAAAAAAAAAAAAUUAAGCAACGUUGGAGUUAUUUUAUUUUUAUGAUGUUAUAGAGUAGCAUUUCUUCUGUUUCUGCGACUGAUUUAUGUUCUGUUUAUUGUACACUAACUGGAAAUGGAGAAAGAAGGGUCAUGUUCAGCUUGUAGAACAGCACCUCUCUGAAUGUUUCUAUUCUGUGUUCAUGUGCUACAGUGCUGAGAGACCUAUGAAUGUGUAUGUUGGUUGAACAUGCAAAUAAACCAAUUUACUGGUUCUACAAA